UGUAUAGAUGCCAUAAAAGAUAUAGUAUAGAAUACUAUAAAUAAUCUAAGAUCAUAUAAUUACAAUGUUUUAGUAUUAUGUCCAUAUAGAAAGCGAUUCUUGAAAUGAGAAAGCAAGAAACUGUGUUCCUUAUACAUGUAAACAAACAGAACCAGAGACAAUGACGGGUGGUAAAGUAGAUUUUAAUUUGAUUAGAGAAGCUACUCGACUGGAUUUGGUGAAUCUUCUCGAGAAGAUAGGAGGCACAAAGGCAAUAGUUUGGGAUGAACAACUUGCUGGAGCCUUCAGUCAUAUUGCUGAUUAUUCCUUCUUACGAAGUCAUGACGUGUCUAAGAUGUUUUACAUAUCUUCUAACAAACUUCCACAAAAUAAUGUUGCCCACGUAAUAUUUUUGUCACGUCCACAGACAAGCCUUAUGGAUAAAAUCAAUCAGCAAAUAAGAAUGGAGGAUGUUAAAGGAGGUAGCAAAAAAGAAUAUCAUUUGUGGCUUGUACCUCGUAUAUCUCUUCUCUGUGAGCGGCGCCUCCAGGAACAUGGCGUUCGAGGAUCUUUUUCAUCAAUAUCUGAAUUACCACUUCUUCUUUUUCGUUUAGAGUCAGACCUUAUGUCGAUGGAGCUACCUUUAUGUUACAGUAUGACUGAGAAUCCCAGUGGUGUGAAAAGGUAG